ACUUCAUUAUAUUCUUUCCAAAGUAAAGCAUCUAACACUGUCACAAGCACAAUAACGCAUUUCCACCUAAGAAGAUAGUGAGUAGCGGAAAAGUGAGAAGGAAGCACUAACCGGCGGCGGAUACAUGACCGGCGAAGAAUAUGCUGGCCCUCCCGGCCCCAAACUCACCCGUCUCGUCUACUUCGUCGGCGCCGCAGUGGCCUGCACCGUUGCAAUUAACAAGUGGCGCGAGUUCGAAAGGAACUCAAUCAUUCGCCAGCAGCAGGAAGUCAAGGGAGUAGCAGAGAUCCCUAGUUCGUCGGAUUCUGUUGCUGUUCACAAAGCUCUCAAAUAAGGUUAGGGUUUUGUAGUUUAUUUUUUACUAUUAUUUUUGUUGUUGCGAUAUGCAAUGCUUACAUGAUCAAUGUUUUGACUUGAUAUAUGGUUGUAAGAUGAUGAUUUUGAAUCAAAUGAAGUGUGUCGUGUAGUGGUGGUUUGUCUCCUUAGCUUUGAAUGUUACGGUUUUCAUUGUGAAUGUGAGACUAUGAUUAGAUUAGGUACUCAUAUUUGUUGGUUUUUGCUACAAAAAAUUGUAAAUGGAUUGUUAUUGUAAGACUAGUGAGUUUUUUAGGAUUGUAUUGGAAAGCAAGGUUUUAAAUCA